GUUAACUAUAUUGACCUAUUAUUCUUUUGUAAUAUUCAGGUAUAAAUUCUGUAUAAGUGGGCCCAUUACUGGGCAGUUUACCAUAAUUCUUAGACUGAAAUGUAUACGUUUUUGGUGUUAUUUUUAUUUGGACUGGUCGGGUCAUCACCAACUGGAAAAAGCGCGGAUAAUGUGCGUAUAGUUGGUGGUGAAGACAUUGACAUAGCCGAGGCCCCGUACCAGGUGUCAGUCGCUUAUAGAGGGCGCCACUCCUGCGGGGGCACGAUCGUUGCCAAUGACGUCAUUGUUACAGCAGCCCAUUGUCUCAUGGGGUCAAAUCCCUCUGACUACACCAUCCGCGCGGGGUCCCCAUCAAGCACCGCUGGAGGCGCCAUCUACCCAGUCGGCAGCUUCCUCGUCAACCCUGACUUCAGCUAUAUGAGAAUGGACAGCGAUAUAGCUCUGAUUUGGCUGGCAAAGCCGUUGGAGUUUGGAGAGAACAUAGCAGCUAUAGACAUGAUGGAUGAUGAUGAGGAAAUUCCAGAUGGGGCGGAAACAGAGGUUACCGGGUGGGGGAAUACUCGAGAAGGCGGCGGUUUCCCAGCAACUCUACAGAAGGUUCUAGUCCCAAAGGUGAAUGACCGACAGUGUUAUAAGGCGUACGCUCCCAGCUACACUAUCACCCCGAGAAUGCUCUGUGCUGGAAGUCCCAAGGGAGGAAAGGACGCUUGCCAGGGUGACAGCGGAGGUCCCAUGGUAUACAACGGGAAGUUAGCGGGCGUGGUAUCCUGGGGACUGGGCUGUGCCCGACCUGACUACCCAGGUGUUUACGCUAAGGUUUCAGCACUGAGGACCUGGUUAGAUGACCACAUAGCUUAUUUGAGACUGAAGUAUGUGCUUCGUGCGUUCCCAUAGGUUGUAAUAAUAGUAAUGUAUUGUAAAGUGGUCGAAUAUGUUAGGUAACUGCAAAGAUUUUGUAACUUUUGGUUCACAUAGAUAAUUGUGCAUAAAAUUAAUUUAGCCAAAUGAUCAAUAUAUAACUGUCAAUAUCUGAAAUAGACAUUUGGGAAGUAGACGUUAUAAGGAGUGGACGUUGUGGGCCACUGUCCUUUUGCUUGACAUUUUGGCACAAUAAGUCCAUAUUAUCUAAUAGGUUUUUAUAAUUGUCUUUUCUUAUCUAAAUAAAGAUGUAUUUCUAUGAAAU